CCUGUUUCGAGCUAUGGCAAUUAUGUGCCCCUCUAUUCUUCAAUCAUGGAUGUACUUCCCAUCUAUUCAGUUGGUGGUCCAGACUGCCGAAUGACCCUCUUGAAUUCUUCCAUGCUGAAGAUUCAGAACCAAUUCCAAGCAAAAAUGCCAGAGAUUAGUGACGAUUCUUCUCUUAGUGGCAAUGACGGAAGUUCAAUCAAUGGAGGAGGCCGGAGGUUCGCCGCCACUCGCGCCAUCUGCCAACGCCUUAAGCCUUCCAACCUUGUCAUAGUCCGAGAUGCUCAAAUACCAUUGUCCUUUGCUCAUGAAGAACUGCAGCCUCACCUCUCAGCCAAAAGGCGUGUUAUUGCGCUCAAUGAGAAGCUGAGUUCGAGCUUGAUGGCAGCAGCAGAGCAUCCCAGCUCGGCAACAGCACAACAACCCAGCUCAGCAGCAAAGCUCAAAAUAAUGCUCCAGCUCGGCAGAAGCGAGGCAAUUCAACUCGGCAGCAGUAGAGCAACCCAGCUCGGCAGCGUUCAGCUCGGCAACAGAACAACAGCCAAGCACGGUAGCAACAAAGUGGCCCAGCUCACUGCACCAAAACAGUCCAGCUCGGCAGCGGCAAACCUCAACAGUACUCCGGCUCAACAGAAGCAAGGCAGCCCAGCUCGGCAACAGCCAAGUAACCCAGCUCGACAGCCGCAAAGCAGUCUCUCAGCUCGGCGGCAUGCACCAAGCAAAUUUGUAAUGAAGCUUGUUGAAGAAGACGCGAGCAAUCAACAUAAUAUGAUGAUGGUUAGCCCAUACUUGCAACAAAUUGACAACACUCUGUGAAACCACUGGGAAGACGCGAGUUCCAACCACAAGCACCUUCCUUGGGCAGUAAACCAUUUGAGUUUGG